AUGUUGUCCUCACUUCGGCGGCCCUUGCCCCGGCUUGGACGGAGAUGGAAGCCCCUUAAUUUCUCCAACCCCAACUUCGUUCGAAUACCCGAAUACCACAAGAUUGAAGAAGAGACACUUCCUGACUAUAUUGCUUCCUGUUAUUAUUCUACUCGAAUAGGAGCGGUAUCAAGUCGUCGGCAAAUUGGGAUUUGGAUCUACCUCAACCGCAUGACUUGCACGAGAUAUAACGAUAGUGGCCGUGAUUAUGUCAUACUGAAAAUCUUUAUUCAGGCCUCGUCUCUAGGUCAGCAAAUCGAUCAUGAACUCAAUAUAUAUAGACUCAAUAUAUAUAGACGCAUAGAGCAAUCCCCGAAGGAUCAUCCCGGACGUGAUGCCGUCAGAAUGUUGCUUGACAAUUUUUAUAUCGAGAGGCCCCAAGACAAGCACUAG